AUGCUCCUUCAAUGUGGCCUCAUCCUGGUCCAUGCAAUACUUUGUACCUGUUUUAAUUUCUACAACAUAUCGCAAAAAUGCCUCAACGACACUGAGACCUUUCUUUUGGAACUGCAUGAAGAUAAUCCCAGCAAAUAUGCAACACUAAUGUAUGAUGCCUUUGGGAAAAUUGCCAGCGAUAUCGUGGGUGGAAACAUGAACCGCCCUGGAUCACUGCAAGAGUGCUUGUCAGUGCGUGCUCCUCACUUCAGAGGGAGGUAUUGUCAAGUGUUCAUAAAACAGGAUCCAGUCCAGUAUUUUGUCGGCAUAUGUGUUCCGGACUCAUGUGAGGAAGAUGAAGUACAGACAUUAGUUGUUCAUGACAUCUUUCACGCGGGAAAGACAUCACUGAUUCCUCCAGUACCAUCUGUGCUUCUUCCCAAAUCUACACAAGCUUUCUACAUAACACACUGUGUUAAAAACACUCUUCCUCCAGAUAUUUCAACUGUCAUUUGCCUGAUUGUGUGCUGCGUGUUGAUGGCAAUCCCUCUUUUGGCGACUGUGUAUGUGGCCAUCAUUCAAUGGACACAGCAAAAAGAAGUCAGUCCAAGGGUUGACUUGGCCUGGAGCAAGGAUUUAAAACACUAUGGGAGCCUUGUCUCGUGCGGCUCUCCGAAGAUCAGCAAUAACAAAAGCACUGCUCCAGAAACGGCACAGGAGGAAUGCAGGAAGGGCAUCGAAAGCAGUCACUUGUUCGACUCCCUCUAUGGGUUCUCCCUCCAGAACACCUCGGCCGGAGUGUUGAGCACCACAGGUUCGAGGGGACGCUACUCUUCUCUUAACGGCAUCCGGGUUCUCAGCCUGCUGUGGAUCAUCUCUGGGCACAGUGUACAGAUCAGUGCUUGGUACAACCUGGAUAAUAAUAAAAGGUGGAAGGAACGAGUGGAGAAAAAUCCUCUCUACAUAUUUGCUUUCAGUGGCCCUGUUUACCUGGCUGUAGAUACAUUUCUGCUUUUGGGCGGGCUUUUGAGCGCUAAAUCGCUUCUCAGCACCAUUCAAAGGGCAGAUGACAAACUAAGCCCGGGGCUGGUGGUCAGCUUCCUCUUCAAGAGGUUAAAAAGGGUCCAGCCCCUCCACAUUUUUAUAGUGUGCCUGGUCAUCGGAUUCCUCUCUGUCAUUCCGGAAGGUUCUUUCUGGUUCAUUGUGGAGGAUCAGAUCUUGAGCUGCAAGAAGUACUGGUGGUCCAACCUACUCCUGAUGAAUAACUUGCUCACAGUUACUGACAUUUGUGCCCCCUGGACGUGGUAUCUGUCCAUUGAUUUCCAAUUUUACAUCACAACUCCAUUGGUCAUCUUCAUUUACAGAUUAAACAAACAUGUCCUGCUUGCGUUUGUCACUAUUCUCCUGGUCAUCUCCUGUCUAACCAGUGCUUUGCUCACAGCUUUUCUGCAUCUACCGGUUCACCAACCAACUACACUCACCUGUGAAGCAUAUUUUCAGUAUUACUACAACAAACCUUACACCAGAUAUGGGCCAUAUUUGGUCGGGAUCCUUGCAGGAAUAUUUCUGAAGACCGGGAAGCAAUGCCUUUUAAAUCACAAGCGGCAAGCUGCAGUAGGCUGGGUCAUCUCCCUGUCAGUCAUGGCACUGAUAGCUGGCCUACCGUACGCGCUGCGGCUUGUUCCCAGCCAGCCGUCAGGGCCACUCGCCGUGUAUCAGGGGCUCCACCGCACCCUGUGGGCAAUGGCUGUGGCGUGGAUCAUCGUGGCCUGUGAAGAAGGAUAUGGAGGAUUAAUCAAUAAAAUACUGUCGCUAAAUGUGUGGGUUCCUCUUUCAAACAUCAGCUUUGCCUGCUAUCUGAUUCAUCCCAUUUUAAUUAUCUUAUACAACGGAGAACAGGACACGCCCAUCCAUUACACCGACAUCAAUUUUUUCUACCUCUUCGUGGGACACAUGGUUUUGGCUGUGAUUUUGGGAUACGUUUUCACCGUACUCAUUGAAAAGCCUUACCUGUUUCUGAAAAGGUGCGACACGUAA